AAGUCGCUCGGUAUAAAAACUAAAAAAUAACAUUCCUCUUCAGUUUUAUCUUAAAACACCGGCAGAUGUUACUAAAUCCAAAUCAUUCUUCGCGGUGACUCCUAAACAACAAUAUUAUUUAACAUUAACGUAUAAAUGGUAUAGGAGCGAAGUCGCGUCGUGUUUAGCUGAGUGAUACGGUAGCUAAGGAGAUCGCAAAAUGGUUUAUCGCAUUGUACAGAAGAAUUUUUUUACAAUUUCCAACUUAAUGACGACUACGCUGGUGAAACUUCUAUGCCUACUGCUGGUGGUAUGUUCGGCGCACACUCUUCAGCUGGACAGCCAGGCGUCGACCCGGCGGCCAAGGGUCACCAAAUACAGCAAGACCACCGUCGCUCCUGGCGGGUCUACCGAACCGGCGACAGAGCGCAGUCUGAUGACGGCGACGUAUCGGCUGCAGGGCAGCGGCGGCGAGACCUGCAUCCUUCUGACUGUCGACGCGCUUCUAGACAUAUCUUAUGUGACCAAGUUGAAUGAACGUGCUGACGCAAACACCUUCGUUCCCAACAACGCGAAUGUCGGCGGCAUGUGUAAGGACGGCGAUGCAGAGACCCUCGUGCUCACCUUCAAGGAGUUCUCGCUGGAGUGGUUCUUUGCUAAGACGCCAGGAGGCGAACGCUGGUACGCUGAGAGUCUUCGUCUAACCUACAACUCAAGCGCCAGGAUCUUGGAGCACGCGGCCAACCAGAACCGACGGGUUUCCCUCACCAGUGAUUCCAGGGUGCUUCUCUUCCCCACUCCUGUAGGAAAGUCCUUCUACUGCCCCGAAGAGACUGUUAUUGAGUUAUCUGAAGAGGAUACUAGCCCCAACACAGGACACCGCGCGAAACUCUACCUCCGCCAGAUGCGUCUUCAACCGUUCAUGUUCAAACGCGACGGUGAGUUUGGCCCCGCGUGGCACUGCUCGGACUCGGCCCGGGCACGGUCCGAAGCCGCUCCUGUGGCGGUCGGGGCUGCUUUAGCCGUCGCCACAGCAGGCACCCUCGUCGGAUACGCCAUCUGGCGUUACCUGAAGGUCAAGAAGGUGCAAUACGAUACUAUGGAAUGAGAGCCCGCCCACGUAUAACACUCUGGGUGUUAUAUGGAUUUUUUUGUUUUAAUGGACGUAGCUAUUGUCAAAAGGAAGAAAAAUCUGAGUUUAACAGGAACUUUUAAUGUUUUUUUGAGAAUUGGGAAGGUUUUGGGGGGAAAUUGGUAUCAAAAUUAUUACGGUAAAUUAUGAUUUUUUUUAAGUAAGGAUGGUGAUCAAGGCAGCUACGUCUAUAACAUCGUGCCAUUAUAAUUAAAAAUUCAAUAAUCGGAUAAUUUAUUUUACGUAUAAAGUUUUUCAUCAGUACCUCCAAUUGAAAUAAUUUUAAAGUGAUUAAUUUAAUAAGAAUUACUUCAUUUUUAUCUUUAUGUAUAAAUUAUUUUUAAUGAAAACGCUUUGACAAAAUUAGAUACUGUUUAAUCUGAUCUAAGGAGAAAAAAAAAGAGCCAAAUAGUUAGUACUGAUUAAAAAUUUUAUAAGUUCGAAGGUUUAUAAAAAAGUUUUCUUUUAAUUAAAUCCUUAUGGCAUAAGUAUUAUGCAUUAUAUUUGAAUAGAAGCGGAUUUAUCCGUCUCGAGUAGAUGCGCACAAUUUCUAUUAAAACGCCUAUAGACGUUUAUCGAAAUUAUGACGGAUAUAUGCGUUGUGACUAAGACGAUGAAAUUUUUUGAUUACGAUCAUUACAUUAUUUAAUUAUUUUAGUGAACUGAAAGUAUUGUUUACCACAAAUUUUCGUAUUACGUUUUGACAGCGUAUAUUUUAAGUAAAUUACUUUUGAAUUUCUUUACCAUUUACAGAUUUCUUUACCAUUUUUUAUAAUAAGUUUUAAAACAGGUCUAAAAAUAUUUAUAUUUUAGUUGUUAAUAUUUUUCGAUUCAAUUUAUGAUUUGAUUAUUUAGCGUGUUAAAUUAGAUUAAGAAUCAUGUCAUUACCUAAAGGUUUAGAAGUAUAUAUAGGUUACUCAGAGUGAAAUAUCAAAGCCAGUUAAGAUAUAAAUGAAAUUCGCUGCCACUGGGUAGCAAAAAAUGCAUUUUGCCUCCUUAAAUUUCUUGACAAGCGUGCUACCGCGUGUCUAAGCGAUAUUUUGCUACCCACAGCGAAAUAUCGCGUAUAUUUUAAACAGGAUUUAUUCAGUGAGAUAUAUUUAAAUGUAUGCCAAUUUCUUGUAUCGAUAAGUAAUUAAGAUUGUUAUGCGAACAUAUAGCAUUAGGAUAGGACGUGUAAUGACGUUUUUGAUGGUUUUAAAUGGUCGGAGAGGUUAUGUUGGAAUUUUUACUUGCUUAAUUGGUGAAAUGCUAUAUAUUUAUUGGUUUUGUGGGAGUGUACUUAGAAUGAGAAAUCGGUAAGAUCUGGAGUGCGAAUUCUAUUCUCUAUUUUAGGUAAUAGGCUCCUUCUUUGUACUACUACGUGGCUGAAAUAUGAACCGUGGGUUAAAGCAACAUGUCUGAUAUUUAAUGUAUCUCAAGGACACAAUAUUUGAACUGAACUGCUCUUUGUAUCAAUUUAAGUCAUGAUUGACAUAAAAAAGUGAGUAAAGAAAUAAACUGCAGUAAUAUUAUUUUGCCUAAAGCUAGCCACACAUUAUAAUAAACGUUCUCUGUCAAACUCCUUAGAAUUGUUUCGUUGGUUUUGGAAAUACAUAGUGUCGUAGAAUGAAGGUUAUCAGAGCAAAUAAAUCCUUUUCAUUCGAUUGCAAAAACUACUCAAAAAAUUUGGUUUUGGUUUAAAUGUUGACAUAUCUCUGUAGACAUAUCAUGCGUACUAUAUCGCAACAAUAUUAGCCAUUAAUCUUUAUUAUACUUGCUUAACUUGUUAAGUUUAAUGGUGAAGGAAAGCAUGGUGAGGAAACCUGCAUACCUGAGAAAUUCUCCAAGCAAUUUGAGGGUGUGUGAAGUCUACCAUCCGCACUAAGCCAGCGUAGUUGACUAAGGCCUAAUCCCUCUCAGUAGUAGAGUAGGUCCGUACCCAGCAGUGGGACAGUAUAUAAUACAGGGCUGAUUAUAUUAUUAUUUUUAUCAUACUUGCUUGAUAAAAACUUCUGCCAAAGAGAGGGUUAAGGCUAAUAAGCCUUACUUUAUGUUAUUUUAUGUCAUAUCCUUGCAGUGCACAGGUUUUUUUACUCUAUCUAUCAUAGCUGGGCAUUAUCCUUUAGAGAGAGAAAGUAAUAUCAAGAAAUAUUGACUCCAUUUAAAAAUGCUUUGACAGCUGUCAAAAACGUCAUGACAAAGAAUUCAAAAUGGUCGCGUUUGUAAAGCAGUAGCGAUGUUCAGAUAUUAUUUAUAUGGUAUAAAUGUGUAUAUUCUGAAGUUUUUUGGAAUAGCUAAGUCAGAUUUGAGUAAACAGUUACAAAUUAUAAAAAUGCACCUGAAAAUAUGCAUUGCAUUUACAAAAUUAUAAAGCACAUAUAUAUCGCUAAAAAUAUUUAAAUUUUGUGUGUGUGUGUGAUUUUUAUAAGUACUCUCUGCUUAACUCUUCUAAAAGAAUGAGAAUAUAAAAUAAUAUUGUAGUAAUAUUGCAUUUAUUCCUGACUUAGCUAUUCCAUGUAAACUUAACAAAUCAUUUGUGUAGUGUUUUCAUGAGAAGUUAGAAGGAGCAUUAAUAGUUUAAAUUGUUGAUGGUUGAAUAAUGUAAAAAUGUAUUUAACCCCCAUACCACCCACAUAGAAUAAGUUAAAGAGAUUCCUAACCUAAAUAUAGAAGGCGCUGAUGCCAGGAAGUGUAUUGCUACAAGCAUAGUCACAACAUGAAUCACCGGUGAUACAUAUUGAUUUUUAUCCUUACUUGUGAGUGCGUGGUGUUGUGUGUAGUUCCAUCGUGAUUUUGUAUUAUAUAUCACCGGUGAUACAUAGUUAGGUAUGAAUCACCGGUGAAUCAUACGCCAAUCUUUCGAUAAAACUUUUAUUAGCAUCUAAAGGUUGGGAAUCUCUUGUAUAUUAAUGGUUUCGUCAUUCGAAGGCUUAUUAACCUUCAGAAUAAGGAAAUUGUUGAUUGCUCAGUAGGCUGUUAUAAGUUAUACUAUUAAUAUAGUGCCCGCUUACCUUACGACUAAAGCACAUCCUUUAUUAUGAAGGAAAAAAUAUUUUGGCGGUAGCAAUUAAAUCUAAAUGACACCAAUUUGUCAUUCGUGACUCAUAAGAUCGUCAUUGGUUAUAUGCGAAUGACAAAAAUAAUUAUUGAAAAGCGAGUUUCUAGAAGUAAUUGCCUACUGAGCGUAAUAUUUAUAAAUUAUAUUACAUUAGAUUAUGGUUAACUAUCAUAAUACAUAUCAGAUGAUAAUAAUAUAUAAUUUUAUCUACAUUAUUGUAAUUAUAAUCGAUAUGAGUGUAUUGCCACGCUUUAACAUUUAUUUUGAGAACAAAAUUUGGUUCUUCCUCAUUAAUGAUUUGUCCAAAAAUUCGAUUUCGUAAUGUUAAAAUAAUCUCCAGGGAAACAUCUGAAAACUGGUAAUGUAUUUAUAUCCUUUCUUAACUAAUGUCGUGUUGUCAAAAUGAAAAAAAAAUAGUUGACAGUAUUUUUAUUACUUUAUUUUCGCAGAAAUUACAAUAAUAAUAGUUAUUUUCUUAUAUCUACGUUUACAAAAUACAUCUUAAAGCGUGGUAAUUUUAAAAUAUAAUUGUUUUGUGAAUUGUUUGCGGUGUAGUGAAGACUACGAACGAUAUUACGUGUACAAGCAAUAACAUGUUUUUAUUCGAACGCCAUAGUUUGACGUGAUGGCUGAUAUUCGAUGUUGUAUUGUGACGCAACGCCUGGCACUGGUGUUGCUGUAUAAUAGCGUUUAUAAAUAUUCUUUUUUCAAACGGUUGUCGUCGCCGCCAUAUUGAAAUGGCGGGAAAUUUAAAAUAGGAAUUACUACUAAUGCGUCGAAGGGGUUUGAUGAUUAAUGACAUUCAAUAUUUCUCAUGAUGGAAUGAAAAUAAAAUGAUCUAAAGGCUACGGAUAAGCGGAUUUCAAAAUGUUGGCGAUAAGAACCGUUGUUUAGAUUUAAUGUUUUCCUCUUAAAAUAUUGAUAAUUUAUGUACAUAUCCCAUCUUAUUUCAUUGAUGUGUGUUGUUUAUAAGAAUACUAACAUAUGAAAUACCUGUAUAUUUUUUAAAUUGAUGAUACUCUGUUUAGACGAGAAGUAUAAGACCUUCAUUAUAUAUUUUUUAAGCACGUAAGAAUGAUUGUGUAUAAGAAUUUAUUAUAAAUCCUAGAUGAUAGUUUAAACAUAUCCAUAUUUAUUACAUUUUAUGAUAUUAAUUGAGACAGAUGAAAUCUGUGUAUGUUACUCUUAUGUAUAAUAAUUAUUUUGUAAUGUAUUAAUCAUGUAGAUAUUAAUGUUUUAUGUAAGUUUUGUUUUUAUAAUAUUUCGAUCUACCUCGUCUUUCUUCCCGUAUAAUUAAAUUAUAUUUUUGAAUAUUUUAUGCUUGUUUUUGAGUUGAAACAUUUUGCCUAUUUUUUUCUACCACUUUUUAGGGUAAUGGAUAGUAAUAUAUUAUAUUUUUAGUCUGAUAACACUGGUGGCCAGGUGUUGCUAGUUAAGUGCGCUGUGUGUUAUCGCUUUCUGAAGUCGCAAGACUUUCUAUUUAUUUAUCGUACAUAUAUCAUAUAUUAUUAAAUCAAUUUAACUACAUAUCCUUUUUAUAUUUUAAGAAAUGGAUCGUCUGGUUUAGUUUUAAGGAACUAAUAUUAUACUUCAACGCUUAGUUCCAGAUUAUGACGCCAUUUUAAAAUGUAAUGGUUCUAUAUUAUUCAUGGGUUAAAGUUAGACUUUUUCUACCAAUUGUAUAAUCCAUAUCAUGGUUUAUAAAUAUUUUUACAACUAGACGAUCCUGAAUCUCAUAUUUUGUAGUAAGUGUGAUAAAAUGUGAAUGUUGAUUGUUACUAUUUAUUUUGUAUAUAAAAUUAGCUUUUACGAGAUGUAUUAAAAGCAGUUCAAGUAUUUGAGUCAAACGGAAAAAUAUCGUUACAAUUUAAUAGAAUAUAAAAUAUUCCAACCUCAUUGGAAAUCCUAGUGUGAUUGCCAAUUUAGGUUUUAUUAACUAUAAUUUAAAAUGUAUUCCAAUACUUUCCAAAAAUACUAUUGUUUCGUUCUAGAGCCACGAAAAGCGCAGCGUUAAAUUUUUUAAAGGUGGUUGAUGUAGCUAGCUGGCCUAUCGUGAAAAUAAAUUGGUUCUAUGGGAAAAGAAAGUGACAGAAAAAGAAUAAUUCAGAUAACUUUUGAAACCAAGCAACGCACGUAUUAACAACCCUGCUUUCAGUAGUACAACGCUUGCGCCAGAAAUAGUAGAGCAACGCAAAAAACGCCAUAUUUAGAAUGAAUAUUGCUAUAGCAAUUGCGAGAAGUUAAACUUUCUUCCUACAUGUGAGUGUCAUUUUUUAAAUUUAUGAGCAACUCAAAUCUUUUUUAAAAGAGUGGCUCUAUCGUAUGAGAUUGUAAAAAAAAUAGUAUAUUUUAUUUCUAUCAUAGUUUGGACUCUAUUGGGGAUACAAAUUAUAAUAAUCAUUACGUUAAAAGAAGCGGAAUCUAGUAUAUUCUUUUUUCAAGCAUUUUUUGUUCUUUAUUUGAAAACUGUCUAUCAAAGACCUAGGAUAAUUCAUGCAAAAAAGUCAGCAUAAUGAAACUACCUUGGUCAUCCCAUUACAUUUAUUUAAAUUGCGGAAUGUGAAAAGCGAAAGAUUAAUAAUACAUCUCGUAAAAAAAUCUUCAUAUAAACUCGUGUUAAGGUAGAUUAAGUUAGAUUUUAUAGUCCCAUUCUUGGCUUCUUGCUGUAAUAUAGCUUUGGUUUUGCAGUUAUGAGCUGUUUACAGCUUUGUUUUUGCCAUUACGGUCAAAGUUUAUGUGGGUCGACUUGUAUAAAGACAAAUUUCUUUCAUUAGCAUAAAAUGUUCCUCGAAUGGUAAAAGUAUUAACUGUAGAGAAAAUAAUCAUAUAUGUACGCUCAAUGUGGUUUUCCCGCCAGAAUUUCGGUACUAGAAACAACAAGUGAUAUUGGUUGAGGUCGGAGGAUAUUAGCAUUCUAAUAAUUCUGGUUUUGGACCUUAAAUUAUAAGGUAGAGUCAGAUAGAAACAACUUUUUACCACUAAUACGUUUUUUAAUACAAUUAUCACAAAAAAUCAUAAUCUUAAAUUGUUUAAUAGCACUAACCUCUACACAUGGAAUUUGGUGGACUUAUGCACUUUGAGAAUGCGUUCUAAUAAAGAAUAUUAAAAAGACGAAACGGCAGUUGAUAAAGUUCAAAUACAAUAAGUCGUUUUCAACUAUAGAUUCACGAACGAAACCUAUAUAAGGUACCCACAUUAUACUUUGACCGUAAAUUAAUUUCAAUAUAACAUUAUCGCUUUCCUCGUGUUGUGUAAAUAUUUCUGAACCAUAUCAUUCGGAAAAUUAUAAAUAUCCUUUAUCUAUCCUUACUCUUUCGAUAUAUCCGAAAAUAUCUUUUACUAGAUUAACUAUUUUCCUAAUAUUUUUAAUGGAACUUCUGUAGAUUGUUUUCUCAAUAGUGUUUUAGUGAUAACGGUGCGUUUGUAAUAAAAUAAAUAAUGUAUUAAAAAAAAGAUAUAUUAUAUGCCAUACAAUUUGUCUUCCAAACAACAUUGAUCUUAUACCAAUAGAGUAAUCGUAGCUUAUUAUAUGUAAAUCGUAAUUUAAAAGGUGGUGGUUUACGGCUUUAAUAAUGCUUAGAUAUGGCGGCGUACGGAGGUGUUUUGAAAUUUGUACGAAACUUAAACGAAUGGUAGAACAUUUUACAAAAAAAAAUAUUGAUCGGUCGAACAGUUUGCACAAAAUUUAUCGAACGUUCGAACAGUGUACAAAAAAUAAACGAAGGGCCGAACAAAUUAGUAUAUUCGUGUUUUGAUAAAACAGUAAAAAGCUGGUGCACCUUAAUUGAAUAACAUCUCUUCUCAUCAUUCUCUUUAGAACAAUUUAGAGAUAAACUCAUCAGGUGAGGUGCAUAUGAAUAAAAUACUUUUAUGACGUGAAAAAAAUUUAUUAUAAAAAAAUGUGUAAUCUAAAACAAUUCUGUAUUUGUUUAUUUUUCAUAAUAUUAACAUUAUAUACCGAAACUGAAAGUCGUAGGAGGUUGCUGGAUGCGGGCUUACAAUAGGUCGAUCUGAAAUCUUUGGGGAGGCCCAUGUUCAGCAGUGGACAUCCUGCGACUGACGAUGAUAUUGAAAUUAAAGAAUUAUGUACAGUACAUAAAACUGAUUUUUUUUAUGUAAGCACUUUGGUAAAAAAUACGAAACGUCCGCCGCCAUUUUAACCAUCUAUAUAAAUUGAAAGUAUUGUAUAAGAUUUCAUGUACCCUCGCUGUUAAUGUAUUGUAACCAUUGCUUGUUAUGUCUGUAUAUCAUAAGUGAACCACAAAUGUACUGCACACGGUGUAAUGGCUCAGAAUCACCACCGAAUAAUAUAAGUGACAUAUCUCAAAUUAUUGUAAUUUAGUAAGUUCGUUUAUUGAAUUGUCUUUAUGAAUAAAUGACGUCAAAAUUA